CUUGUGUCCACAGUGCCCGAGUACCAAGGGGAGCCAGACGAGAUCUCCGUGCAGAAGUGCCGCGAAGCUGCCCGGCAGGUUCAGGGACCUGUUAUAGUAGAAGACACCUGCUUGUGCUUCAAUGCCCUGGGGGGCCUUCCAGGACCCUACAUAAAAUGGUUCCUGGAAAAACUCAAGCCUGAAGGCCUGUACAAGCUGUUGGCUGGGUUUGAAGACAAGUCUGCCUACGCACUCUGCACCUUCGCGUUCAGCACUGGGAACCCGGAGGAGCCAGUGAGGCUGUUCAAAGGACAGACCCACGGGCUGAUCGUGGAGCCCAGAGGCCCUCGAGAUUUUGGCUGGGAUCCCUGCUUUCAGCCAGAUGGCUACAACCAGACCUAUGCCGAACUGCCCAAGGCAGUGAAGAACUCCAUCUCUCACCGGUACAGAGCCCUGAGUGAGCUCUCUGCCUUCUUCCUUCAGAGCGACUCGACAGAGCCCUGCUCCGCUCCCAGCUAGCCCCGGGGCCUGGGACCCUGUGUG